ACGCGUGGUGAACUCUCUUCAGUAGUAGAAGCCGACAUGAUAGCCAUCCAGGACAGGAUAAUGCCGACGAGAAACUGCAGGCGGUACGUCUGGCAUCAAGACGUUGAUGACAUUUGCCGGAUGUGCCAUCAACCAGGUGAAAACAUAGAGCACAUUAUGGGAGGCUGUCCCGUUUUGGCCAACGCAGCCUACACCGAGCGCCACAACAACGUGGCCCGUAUUGUUCAUCGACAACUGGCGCUCCAAUGUGCUCUACUGGAAGACAACGUACCAAACUACUGGUACCUGCCUGCACCUGUCCUGGAAAAUGACCGUUUCAAGCUGUACUGGGAUCGCACUGUUCUGACCGACCUCUCGAUCCACCACAACCGGCCAGAUAUAAUGGUUUACGACAAGAGCGACCGCAAAGUCACCAUCAUCGAUGUCGCUAUUCCACUGAACCAGAAUCUGGAGGAGACCCACGGUCGCAAAAUCUGCAAGUACCGACCAUUGGCCGUGGAGCUCAAGGAACUGUGGGGGCUAAGGGAGGUCCCAAGAAUUGUUCCAGUCGUUCUCUCUGGAACUGGAAUUGUCCCGAAGACACUUCUGGAAGCGCUAAAGGUGUUGAAUAUGGAGAAGGAAUUGGCCGGCAUCCAAAAGUCGGUCAUCCUUAGCACCUGCGCGAUUGUCCGACAAUUUCUCGGUCAGGACUGAAACAGCACGAGCAUGCAGAUACGUGCAUUCCGCAGAGCCUAGUCCCCCUUUGGCAUUCAGAAGCCCGGGGGCAGGUGAAAAUUCUGGCUAGGUUCGCCUAGUUAAGAAGUGAGAUAAGUCUGCUAAAAAAAAAAAAA